CCGCGUGUGCUCGACGUGUGCGUGUGUGUGUGUGUGCGUGCUCGCGCGAAUCCGCCGCGAGACGCGCCAUGGUGCGUUCGCCCGUCGCGACUCUUCUCGCCGAGGUCGCCGCGAUUACGCUGCCGGCGGAUCGAUUCGGGCCACGGCGACGUGUGUGACGCUCGGUGGAUCCGCGCGUGCACGGCCAGCCGGUCGGAUUAUUGUUAUUCGCGCGCGCGCGCGUGUACAACGCGCGCUCUCGCCCGGGUCUCGCCUCGCCGAGAGAUCGCGAGAUCGAGCGCGAGCCGGCCGCGCCGAAGGCUCGCUUCCUUCCUCCUGCGCCUUCCGCGCUUCGAGGAGGAUAAUCGACAGUUAGUCGGCGGAACGUAACGCUUGCUCCCUCGUGAUCGUGAUUUUCCGACUUGCUCACGUUUAUCCCCCCCCUUAAUACACAUCCGACUCGCCUCUUCUUCUUGGCCGAUCAUUGGGCAGCCGGAGAGAGCGGAGACAGAGAGAGAGAGAGAGAGAGAGAGAGAGAGAGCGCUGAUGCGAAUAGCGUUGCUUGUGAUCUCCGACUCGUGCCGCUUCUCGCGCGGCGGAGCUUCGCACGCGCGUCUUCCUUGAAUUUCGCGAAUUCGAAACGUUGUAAGCAGCGACAUUGGUCGCGGUAGGAAUCGAAUAGCUGACUUUUCCUCGCUCGAGUUUUUCGAAACCGCGCGGCCGUGAAAAACGUUUCGCGGAUGUCGCCAACGGAAUCGCGCGCGCCCGCGUCCGCAGAGUUCCGUUCCCCGGAAAAGCCCGGCUUUUCCGCGCGUGCAUCAUUGGGUAAACACGGUCGUAAAGGCAGCCGUAUAUUUUUCUCACCUAUCGCGCGCUCGGCAGUAGAUCCUAUACAGAUUUAUACUCGCGAGAUCGGAUGGAAUAUUACGGAGGGUGUAAUUUAUGUAACCGCUGAGACACACACGAAGGAGGAAGCUUCUCUCUCAACCCGCUAAUUUCCGCGCGUCGCCUACAGGACUCGUGAAUGCUCUGACGUCAAUCCGCGAAAUUACGUGUGAAAAAUCGACGCGGCGAAAAUGAGACACAUCCGCUAAUCCGUGACUGGUGAUCCUUGAGAGAGAGAGAGAGAGAGAGAGAGAGAGAGAGAGAGAGAGAGAGAGAGAGAGAAAGAGAGAGAGAUCGCAAGCGUGCAUCGUUGGUAGGUAAACUGCGGCUACGAGCUCCAAACUUACGGGAGGCAUUCUCGUCGACGUCGAGACCUCGGCGAGGCCGGCCGAGUUACCGCGACGCGACCGUGAGGCUGAUACAAACUCGCGAAAGGAGAGACAGAAAGACAGGCAGGAAGAAGAAUAGAGAAAAAGAGACAAUAAAGGACAGGCUGUGUCAGUCAAAGACUAAUUUCGUGAUUCUCACGCGGUCGACAUAAAGAAACAUUCCCAUCCCGUGCGAGUGAAGAGAAGAAGCGAACUAAACUCCCCCUUCCACCGCCCCAUCGAAGGUCCGACGAAAUGACAACGGGGGCCAAGAGCCGGACAUGGCGUCGGCUCGCUCUUGAGUAACCAAGCCCCGCAAGCCCCGCGCUCAAGACCCCGCGUCGAGAACUGCGUCGAUCGCGCGACGGAGGAGCGAACCGGCUUCCGUUCGCCGGACGGCAAGGCGCAACGUCGAGCCCAGAAAUGGACUCCUGCGGCUGGGGCGGCUGGAUGGCGAACGAGGAGAGCGCCGAGGGGAUGGCGGCAGACGCGGCCGCCUCUUGGCAGCAGUGUUACACCUGGUGCACGCCGUACUCGCACCCGCACCCUCAUCAUCACCACAACCACCCCCCGCAUCAUCCCCGUCAGUACCAGGUUGGCCAGUAUCAGCAGCUACCGAGCAGCGCCUCCGCCAUCAACGCUUCCACCCACUACCACCCGUCCUCUCAGCAGCAUCAUCUGCAGCUGCAGAACAACGCCCCGCCGUCGUUGGACCAACAACAGCACCUUCACCCUGCGAGAGGACAGCCGACGCUCAGGAGAACGGCUCCUUAUGACGGACCAGGGAAACAAGGAAAAGAUGGACCAGAGGAGAAGAAGGACGCUGACGGCGAACUCUGGGGCAACGUGGAAGCGCAGGCCGCCUUCCUCGGGCCCAAUCUGUGGGACAAAACUCUGCCCUACGAUGCCGACCUGAAGGUACUGAACCAUUACGUGGAUCUCGAUGAGUUUCUUUCCGAAAAUGGCAUCCCCGUUGACGGUGUGGCUGGCGGCGGACAGGGUGCCAUGCAGGGGAGCCAGCUGCAUAAAAUCAACAACACCGAGGCCGCCGGACAUCAGGGGUCAGCGGGUCUCCACUUGGAACCGGUCACCAAGCGUGAAAGGUCACCCUCGCCGAGCGAAUGCUGCUCGCCGGACCCCCUGAACCCACCCUCCCCCGCGGACUCCACGCUCUCGAUGGCCUCAUCGGGGCGAGACUUCGAUCCACGUACCCGGGCCUUCUCCGACGAGGAGCUCAAACCUCAACCGAUGAUCAAGAAAUCGCGGAAGCAGUUCGUUCCGGAUGACUUGAAGGAUGACAAAUACUGGGCGCGUCGUAGGAAGAACAACAUGGCAGCGAAACGAUCGCGAGACGCGCGCCGCAUGAAGGAGAACCAGAUAGCACUCAGGGCCGGCUUCCUCGAGAAAGAGAAUAUGGGUCUGCGGCAGGAGCUAGAGCGGUUAAAAAACGAGAACAUGCUGCUGCGCGACAAGCUGAGCAAGUACACGGAUGUCUAACACCUCAUCGUUGGCCAUCUACCUGCUCGAGCGACACACACAGAGAGAGAGAGAGAGAGAGAGAGA